AUGACGUCCACCAUCCCUUUUCCUACGUCAGGCACACCCAGCGCAUCGGGAAUCAUGUCUGAGCUGCAACCAGCCAACCUGAAACAUUCAGAACUGUCUAUGGUGACAUGUAACCCCCUCACAUAUCAAGUCUGCGACUUUGUAUACGAUAAUUCCCCAUCCACGAGUUUCCUGGAUACUGCUGAGUUCUUCUACGAGACUCGUGCAGGUCAUUACGAAAAUCCCCUGAUAACUGCCACGUCCCGCACCCUCAUUGCAGAUAUUCAUGCCCUCGUACGCCAAUUUUCUAUAGUCGACAUUCCAAAACCAUCCAAGAUACUCGGCGCACUCCUGCCCCGAGUCCCCAUCAAAGACUCCGUCAGCCCGGACCCUUGGUUUCGUGUCCUGCGGAUCUGGUCAGAAAUUGAAGAAUUUAGCGAGAGCGAGAGCUUUGACGGCCACAAAAGGAGCAUCGUCGAGCAUACACUCAACAUCCUACUUUUCCCAGACUUGCAUAUGGGCUUCAAGAUGCCUAAGUCGCUCUCCUUGCGCACAUCCGAGUCUACCCCUCCAAGUGAAGCUGUACAAGAGCUCUCGCUAGUAGUCCCUGCCACCCCCUCGCUCUCAGUUCCUGGUACGCCAUUCGUGGUUCCAUCGCCACUGCACCUACAGCUUCACGUCAUCACGCGCCUAAGCUUCAAUGAGCAAGGACGGAUCACGUAUCAUCGCGACGUGUGGGACAUGCGUGAUGUGAUAGGGCUCGUACCUGGCAUGCGUAUCGCACAGUGGAUCUUAGGGCGGGCCGGUGCGUGGGGACUGAGCUGGAUUGCCAAGAGACUGAGGUCCCAGCCACAUGGUACAUCAUUGAUCACGUCUGCUGAAACGAUAGUUUAGUUUUUUUGUGCUUCUCUGUUGCCCUUCCUACGAUAUCUCAUAGCGAGCAUUACUCUUCGUAAUGUUAAUGGUAUUUUUUGUCAACUGUAGCUCAUCCUCGCGCCCAAAUUGCGUUGUGUUUCCAUAGCCUUAUACCUAAUACCACGACUACAUACUUCUUUGCAUUAGGUCAAUAUUUUAGUUGGGGUCUCGCACUUUAGCAUGUCAGACCAAUGUUGGACAGCACUCCACUGUCACCAGUCUACACUCCAUUGGCACUGUGUCUUUGAUCCCCGUUGUCAACCUCUUGUUGGUAUUCAGUCUCCACAGCCUUGCACCUCAUACAGCGACUAUCCCAUCCUAUCAAGUCAAGUCGACUUGAAUAGUUUGC